AUGCAUGUAACUAAGAUAUCAAAGGUUCGAUACACGGCGGGGGAAUGCGGAAGUUGCAGUGGAGUUAACAGAAGGGGUUCAGCGGCGGAACAGGGGGUUUCGGAGAAUAAUGUGUGCGCACCGGCUAAUUCCGUUGAAUCAGCUGCGAGCUAUCUUAGUACUUGGAUGGGAGACCUCCUGGGAACCGUUAGUGGCGUAAGUCUUCUUUUUAUUUUGUUAACAUCUAAUUAUUUAUCUUUUUCAUGA